CCCCCCGAAACACAACGUCAGACCUCCCCUUCUGCUGACUCUCAAACUAUACUUCAGCUUAAGAUUCCAAGGAUUUCCCUGAAGCUUCAUUCAUCAAAAAACUUCCCGCCUUGUAAGCAGCGGUAAAAAAAAACUCUGAUUGGCUACUGGUCGCUGCCAGAGCCAAUGAGAAGCAGGGUGUGGGAGGGGAAAAGGACAAACUACCUGACGUUUAAAUGACAUGUCGAAGAUUUCUGCCUGACAACUUGAGCUGGGGACAAGCCCAAAGACGCAAGUACAAUUUAGAGACGAGCCCAAGAACGUUUUACGAUGUCCCAAAGUCGCUGAUAAUAAGCGGACUUGGCAACUGCGCCUGCUCUGCCCCCGCCUCCCGCUGUUACUAUGGCGACGGAGCGUGUGUUGACGCUUCGGCUGGCUGCGGUCUUUGGUUUCCGUCUCUCCCCAAGACACAACUGGAUCAAAGAAGAGGCUUGUGCUGCACUGGCCCCGAGCGCGAGACCGAGAGGGUCGGGACAAGAGGUUCGCAGGUCCUCUGACGCCUCGCGAGCCACUCAUGAAAGACAGCGGUGAGCACAACAAAGUCACCGCGGCGGAACCAAGCGCAGUCCGGCGCUAUAAAGGCAGAGAGCCGUGCUCUUGGCCCAAACCUGGAGCGAACCUCAGCUGACACCAUGAGAAGCAUCAAGUCGUCCUGCGGCAAGGAGGUGCAGGUGGUGGCCCGGAGGAGCGAGUCUGCGUCCGCGGGCGACAUCGUCGCGCUGGUGCGCUCGUCCGCGCUGAAGGCGUUCGGGCGCGUCAACGUCAUCCACCUGCUUGAGAAGGCCAACCUGGCUGUGACCCUGAGCUCGGAGCAGGACGUCAUCUUGGCGCACGCCUCCUUCCUGGACUACCCCGUGGGCGACCUGGUGGACCAGGCGCGCUGGGAGUCCUUCCUGCACCAGCACUUCUGCUGCCCAGACUUCAACCCGCUCAACACGCUCUUCCUGCACCUCUUCGUGGCCAAGCCUGGAUACAGCUCCGGAGGUCUGCGGGAAAUCUUGAGGGCCGUGUUCAACGCCAUGCCAGAGCUGGAGCACAUCUGCCUGCUGAGCCCCCACGUGGACCAGCUAGAGGCUCCUCUGGGCGAGGUCUUCCAGCCUCUGCAGCACCUCCGAAUCCCAGGACCUCAGUGUCUGUCCUCCGUCUGCCUCAGACACACGCUCUGUCCUCAGCUGGAGCUGCGUCCUGCCAGGGUGGAGGACUAUGAUGACAUCAUGCAGAUGUUUGCCGAGCAGACCUGCCUGCUGUCCAUCGUGGACGACCCCAAGUUCCUCCUGGGCCUGGUGGAAAGCACCAGAGAGGGCGACCACACGGCCGUGUUCGAGACGGAGGAGGUGGUGGUGGGCUUCAUCAGCGUGACCACAGACGUGGAUCUCCAGCGUCUGCAGGAGAACUUCAAACUGGAGGAGUUGGACCACUUGUUCCAGAUCAGCCGUAGGCUGGAGCGACCUGGCACCUCUGACCCACGGCAGGAGGACCGGCUGUCGGAGAGCCUGAGGGUCUUCUGCGUCCAGUUUCUGGUCAUCGACAAGGACCAUGAGAUGAGGUCUGCCGACUUCAUUCCCUACCUCUUUCAACUGUACCCGGACCUGGACCUCUGCGUCUUCGACGUUCCCACCUUGUACCCGGAGUUCCCGCUGCUGCAGAACUUCCUUCGGGUGCCCCGUCAGCACAAUAGCGCCUUAACCUCUGAACUCUACGUGUUCCACCGGGCCGGACUCAGGCGAGUGCAGGUGCGACCCGCUGCCGUGACGGACCGAGCCGCCGUGGCUGAGCUGGUGAAGGACCUGAAGCUGCACAGCUCCCUGCUGCGAGACCUGGACCUCUUCUUCCAGACCCGCAGAGACUCGGCCGGGGUCCCGCUGCAGGCCUUCCUUGUGCACGUGCAGGACCACGCCGUCGGGAUUGUGAUCAUCGGAGAUGAGCAGGACAUGGAGUACAUCCGCGCGCACUACAACAUCGAACACUUCAUCUACUUCAGCCACCACCGCUACCAGGAGCACGCGCUGCUGCGCCACUUCGCCCUCUGCUCGUCCUUCACGCCCUUCAGCAAGCACCUGUUCCGGGAACUGCUGAGGCUCUCGCACAAGUCCUGCCUCUACCAUCGGGUCUACCACCGGGGCCACAGCCAGCAGGGUUCCCUGGUUCAGCCGCUGGACUGUGUGGUCAGCUGCGCUGUUCCGGUUCGGCCACGGAGUCAGAUCAUCUACCCGCUGGAGGAACUGGGUCAGAACGCCCCGUCGGCCCAGGUCACAGAGGAGCAGGCUCCGUUCGCUCUCAGCCUCAUCACCAGGAAGUUGACCAUGGAGCCCAAGGUCACCAUCAACUCUGGGCUGGUGGUGGUCGGAGCCUCCGACUGCGGCCUGUCCUUCCUGGAGGCCCUCUGCUUUUGCCCUCACCUCAGGUUCAACAACCUGACCCUGGUCUCUACUCACGGUUUCCCUGGCGACCACCACGACGCUGGCUUCCUGUCCACCAGUCACGCCUACAGCAGCAGGGACUUGGCUCAACUCCCGCUCAGCUCCUGUGUGAGGGUCGUGACUGGCACCAUGGUGGCCAUUGACAGAAAGUCCAAGCACAUCUGCCUGGCGGGCGGCGACCUGGUCCGCUACGACCAGCUGGUCCUGUGCACCGGGCUGCAGUACCAGCGCCCGUCUGUGGCGAGUCACACUGGGCCAGACGCCGACGCACCUAGGGUCAGGGCCUGUAGACCUCAACCCUCCAACCUCUUCACCCUCAACGAUGCGGCUGACUGUUCCACUGCCCGGGGAUGGAUCCAGGACAACUUCCUGCUGAGUGAUGAGGCAGCGGUGGUCUACGGCUCCGACAUUGAUGUCUACACUAGUGUCCAGACUCUUCUGGAGCUGGGAGUUGUGGGGUCCCGGAUCCACCUGGUCCAUCCGCCCCGAGACCCGGGCUCCAGAGUCUUUCCUGACCGAGUGGUGGAGGAAGCCGUGAUGGGGGCCAUGGAGAAGGAGGGAGUCAGGGUCUACUCCGACCUAUUGCUCACGCAGAUGAAUGAAGGGGACCCCCCAGACCUUCUGACCUCAGUGACCUUCACAGGCCGGGGCCAGAGCCUGCAGCUCCCGUGUGGCCUGGUCCUCAACCUGUCCAACCCUGGCGUGGACCUGGACGCCUUCCACAGCAUGAACUCGGCGCUGCUGGUCUUCGACGGACGUCUGGUCAUCGACGCCUUCUGUCACACCAACGACGCCAACAUCUUCGCCGCCGGGACCCUCACCAAGUUCUCGCGCUGCUACUACACGGAGGAGUGGUCGCACAGCAGCUUCAACUCCAAGGAGGUGGGCCAGGCGUUGGCCGCGCUGCUGCUGCCGCGCCUCGACACCACGCUGGCGGCACCGCAGGACGAGGGCAGCGUCGACCCCGAGCGUCUGGUGCCCAUCUACAGCCAGCCCAAAAUCACAGGUGGGAAGCUGCCAGGAGGGUUCCACUUCCUGCAUGUGGCCAAGCCGUCGUCAGCGGAGCCGGCGACUCCUGCGUCGGUGGCCCUCAGCGGUGCUCCACCCCAGGAGCGGCUGCUGGUGACCGGCUCUCCGCAGAGCGGCGACUACUUCUGCCUGCGCCUGGACGACUACCAGCUGGUGGAGGGCUUCACCUGCCUGUCUCUGCAGCCACUGCCUGUCUGCAACUACCUGAGUCUCUACGGUAAACACCAGCAGCUGCUGGGUCAGCUGAGCCGCCGCUACCAGCAGGGCGGCAUCCCUGACCUGUUCAGGUUCUUCAACCAGAGCAGCUGUUUGGCCGUGUACCACGACAGGUUCUCCGACCUGGAGCAGGAGCUUCUGCAGAUCGUCACGCCUCAGACCCAGGACGCCGGCGGGCGGCCAACCCGGACAGAACGGCGAGCAGCGGUGCGCAGCAGAGCAGAGAAGUACCUGACGUACAACCGAAACCUGCUGCCCAUGUUCGCCUACCCGGGACAGCUGUGACGCCGCUGACAGCCUCAGCCCUGGCUGCUGUGUCCGUCUGCUCUCUCAAAUAAACAAGCGAAAACAGAUGUUCAGGAGU